AUGUACACACAGCACCCCCAUGAGACGUCCUUCCUGCAGAGUCUGCGGAGCCUCCGCAAGAAGCUCAGCCUGUUACAGAACAGCACAGUAAAACACAACAAAUCCAACACAGACAAGAAAAGCACAGGAUCAGACUGUCCUCCACCUGAACCGCUGGCUAAUGGGCGGGUCCUAGGGAAUGUGUUUAAGUUGGACCAUCAGGUUCACUUCCUGUGUAGCCCUGGCUUUCAGCUGAUGGGGCCAGAAACCAGAGUCUGUCUGGACUCCCAAAACUGGAGUGGAGCUCAACCGUCCUGCAAGUCAUUGUAUAAGCAUGUACUGUUUUCUGUCUUAGUUGUGGACACCACUGUAAACAAUGAUGCAUCCGCCUCUAUAUCAGCAUCAUCUUCCUCAUCCUCUCAUUGUCCUACCUCCAUCUCCACCCAUGUGAGAGCGUCUCGCUGCAUUGAGUUUCUGGACUCCACCCACUGCACCUGUGAGCAGGGCUACAGCAUCUCCAGCCACAACAGCACACUCUGCACAGACAUUGACGAAUGCGAGCUCUUCCGUCGAACUCGUCCUGGCCGUCUGUGUUUGCACACCUGUGUGAAUACGGCUGGAAGUUUCCACUGCGAGUGUCCCGCCGGUUACAGCUUGGGCCGUGAUAGCAGGAGCUGCCAUGACAUUGACGAGUGUGCGAGAGCGACCCAUAACUGCAGUAGUGAGCAGGUGUGUGUGAAUACAUACGGAGGUCAUCGCUGUGUGGAGGUGGACUGCCCUCGCAUCCGGAACGCCACGUACAUCAAAACCUCUCCGCUGCGUUGCGACCGUAACCCUUGCAUCCAAGGAGACAACGCCUGUUUCCAGGCCCCGGUCUCCAUUAACUUCCACUUCAUGUCCGUGGUGUCCAAUAUGUCCACACCCACCGUCCUCUUCCGUUUGUCUGCGGCUCGCAUCCUGGGCGACACUCUGCGCUUCGGCCUGCUGGGGAACCGGGGAGUCCAGCACUUCAGCGUCCAGCGCUCGGGCAGACUGACGGGGCAGCUGGUGCUGGUGAACGCUGUUCAGGGUCCCGCCACGCUAGAGCUCGAUAUAGAAAUGAGCGAGAUGGAAAGAAGGGUGCUGCUCGGGCGAUACGUCACGAAAGUCACUCUCUUUGUGUCGCCGUAUAACUUUUGAGAAGCAGGAGACAGAUGAUGGACUGAUAUUGGGAAAUCAUUUACAGGUGAGAUAUUGGGGACUGGGCCUGCGUGCCAAUUUACGAGGACAAAAGAAAACCUA